ACACGGACAAAAGCCAGUCAAAAUUUUCCAAGUGGAGUUAACAGUGUUUUUGGCCAGCAAUAAUGUGGAGAACGCUGACCCUCGUGCUUCUCUGUAUCGGACUAGCAACGUCAGAUUUAUCGCCAUAUAAACCAAGGGGAUGGCGUCCUAAUGGUCAACGCUUUAAUCCCACCAACAAUCGAUUGCAUGCGUAUUACGGGCCCCCUGGAUUACCAGCCUAUGAACCUCCGUACUCGACAAGCCACCCCCCAAUUUUCACCACCACCACCACUACCACCACCACCACCGUACCGCCGACAACAACCACGACGACGAUGAAAACCACAACGACCCCGCGAACCAGAGAGCCAACGACGCCCUCUACCAUCCCGGAGGAAGAUUUCGAUACGAAUCCAGCUCUGGCCAUCGCUAAUUCCUUCGCCUUUAAUCGACCUGUUUACAUCUACAAUACAUUCCCCUUCUUACCUGGCCACGUAUUGGUCAAAUGAAUGAUUACGUAGCAUCGUUUGUAACGUAUCAGUGGAUUCUUCUACGAUAAUGAGAAUAACGAAUGUACGAAUUGUUGGUUCGCUAUAUAGUACAAUAGAGUAACACUAUUGAGAAGCGUACAUUUGUCCGGGAAUAGAUUCGAAAUGGAAAGUUAUUGUUAAUAAUCAGUUACUCGAUCAUUCAACGAUGAAGGUAUUCGUUUUUGGCCAUUUAAAGAGACAACGAACAACUGUUCAGAACUCUGACGUUCUUAUUAAAAAUAACGUGACUUUGUAACUUUUUAUUGGGCGAUUAUGACGCUACUAUCUUUGUAAGUGGUUCACUUUGAAGGUCGAUUUCUGCGGAUAUCUCAAUUUGCAAUUUCACUCCUAUAACGAACCGAUCGCAAGAUCACAACAAGAUUCGAGGAAUUAUUAUCUUAUAUGUAUACAUUACUAUUCCACUUGCUUUUUUUCAUAUCAAAUGAUUAGAUAUUUGUCAAACAUCGUAGGUAAUGAUAAAAUUAAAACAAGGUGUAGAUCGUAGAUUGUGGAAAGUGUUGUUCCUAGUGGUUAGACAUAAGAAUAUUGUUUUGGGCGAUCGUAGUAGUAAACGUAGGUUGGUGCAUAUAAACUAUUAUUCCUUUUUUAUACUGGAUUUUAAGUUAAAUGGGAUGUAAGCUUUUUUUUAUUCGGUAAAGUAAACCGUGUUUUUAAUUAAAGUGAUUUAUUAUA